UCGUGUUUCCUCUCAUGUACAGUCAUUGAAGCCUCUAUGUUGGACUGUCCUGAUCCCAGGCAAGGACCAGUUUCACAAGUUGUCUGAGUAACUUCCUUCUGGUCAUGAAGCUGGUGAUCCGCCGGUACCGUCCCUCAGACAAGGACCCCGUGCUCGCCCUGUUCAGAGUUGGCAUUCUGGAACACAUCGGUCCAUGUUUUCACAAUGCCAUGACCAGCCGUCUCUACCUGGCCAUCACCUUGGCUCUGGGUGUCACUGGCUGCCUGCUCGGCUCCGUGUUGGGGGCUGUGGUGUUACCGGGAGCUUGGGUGGGCCUUGUGUACUUCUGCUGUCAUGAGCAUUAUGCCAGCUACGUCAGGGAGAAACUCCGGACAGACAUGCAGGACAUCCCUGGGAACUAUCUGAGCAGACCGGAUGACUGUUUCUGGGUGGCAGAGGCUGAGGUUGAUGGGAGGGCCCAGAUCGUAGGUAUGGUGGCUGUAGUGGCCAAACAAAGUGGGAAAGAAAGACAUGGGGAACUGUUCAGGAUGAUCAUCUCACCAGCGUGCAGACGAGUAGGCCUGGGCUUCAGGAUGACUCAGACUGUGAUUGACUUCUGUAAGGAACGAGGCUUCUCUAAGGUGGUGCUGAGAACCACCUCUGUUCAAACCGCUGCUGUGGCCCUGUACAAGAAACUGGGGUUCAGCUACGUCUUCUCACACACCGAAACACAGGCUCCUCUAUGGAUUGUAACGCUGGCCAAGGUGACGGUUUUACAGUUGGAAAAACACCUGUAGACCUAAAAUAAUCCUGAUCGGCUACUGUGAUGUUCCUGUUAAGUUCAUCUGUAUCAGUGCUUGUCUUCGGGUCGAAUUGGACCCGUUUUUAAAGUUUCUUUAUCAGAAAUAAUCAUACAAACAGCAGCUGUGAACUACUUCAUGUAAUGGAUAAUUGUUGUACAAUAGUGAAAUUGGAAUUGGGCAAUGGAUCAUUAUGAUUGUAAGCAGAUAAACACACACACACACACACACACACAUGCUCUCAAACACAUCUGGUGCACAGGGCAAUG